CAAUCAAGCAACCAACCAAUACCACUCCAGGCAAGGCCAUAAAGACAUCAAGACCAAGAAGUGGAGUAUCCGCCGCCGCCGCGAUGAGCGUGCUCCUCGAGACGAGCGCAGGUGACAUCGUCAUCGACCUCGACGUCGAUCAGGCGCCCAAGGCGUGCCUUAACUUCCUCAAGCUGUGCAAGCUCUAUCGCUACAACUAUUGCGCCUUCUUCAGUGUCCAAAAGAACUUCCUCGCACAGACUGGGGACCCGACCUCUACGGGCAAAGGCGGAGUCUCGAUAUGGAACCUCUUGCCAACAGCAUCACCUGACUAUCUGGCCUCGCCGUACUUCAAGCCAGAGCGAUCACGGCACCUCAACCAUCGGCAGAAAGGCACCGUCUCCAUGGCGCUCUCUCAGCCAUCAGGUAGCAGGCGUUUAGCUGAUAACGAUGAUGAUGAUGAUGAUGAUAGCGAGUCUUCAGAUCUCGUAGCCGGCUCCCAAUUCUUCAUCACCCUCGCCGACUCUAUCGACUACCUCGAUGGCAAGCAUGCUCCAUUUGGCACCGUCGUCGAGGGCCAAGAAUCAGGUGGAGCCCUCGACAAGAUCAACUCGGCGUUCGUGGACGACUCGCAUCGCCCGCUCAAGGACAUCCGGAUCCGUCGAGUCCACGUCCUCGACGACCCAUUCGAUGACCCAGUCGGCCUCUCGCCUCCCUCGCGCACUCCAUCACCCACACCAGAGCAGUUUGCCUCCAUCCGCCUCGGCGAUGGCGAAGAUGUCGAGGACGCUGAUGGCGAGGACGGUGGACUAACGGCCGAGCAAAAGGAAGAAGCCCGCAGAAAAGCCGACUCAUCCGCUGCUGCCUUGACGUUGGAGAUGGUGGGAGAUCUUCCUUUCGCUGAGGUACGCCCGCCAGAGAACAUCCUCUUCGUCUGCAAGCUCAACCCUGUCACUCGCUCCGAAGACCUCGAGCUCAUCUUCAGCCGAUUCGGAAAGGUCCUCUCUUGCGAAGUAGUCAAGGACAAGCGCACGGGCGACUCGCUACAGUACGCUUUCGUCGAGUUUGACGAGAAGGAGAGCGCGGAGCAGGCCUACUUCAAGAUGGAUGCCGUGCUGAUCGAUAAUGCGAGGAUCAGGGUGGAUUUCAGUCAGAGUGUGAGCAAACUGGCGGGCAGGUGGAAUCAAUCUAGGGUAGGCGCUGGUAAAAGGUUGCCUCCUUGGGCAGAGGCUAGGUCACAGUCACCGCCGAGUAGCAGCAGGGGAGGAGGUCAGCGAGGUCCGCCGCCCACUUCAUAUGAGCCUUCCUCGUCGAUGCAUGGCAGCAGAGGUCUCGUCUUUGAUGACGCCGAGAUGACACGACGACCUCCACCUUCUCGCGAGCGUGAUCCGAAAUCGCGGUAUGACGACCGUAGGCGAGGGGAUGCCGGGAGGCGCUACGAUGAUGAUCGUAGACGCAACGAAGGAAGGAGAAGAUCACCACCACCUUAUGAUCACCGCCGUCGGGCAACAGAUGACUCUCGUGGCUACUCUUCAGGGCGCGAUGACCAUCGACCGUACGAGAGGCGUGGCCGGGACGCGGGAAGAGAGAGGCACGGCGGAGAGUCCUCGCGCUACGAGGAUGGUCGAGACAGACGGCGAGAUGAUGGGUAUCGCGAGGGGGACAGGUACACGGACAGAGAACGCGCUCGUCAUCGAGAGCGCAGUCCGGGAGGAUAAUGCACAUAAUGCAAGGAGCGAGCAUCACCAAUUUCAUGACGGACGUACAAUGACAACAUGCAUCCCCAAAUAGACAUCACUGCGAGCGCUCACUCUCCUUUCAUGAUUCUUGGCCCCCCUCGUGUACACCCUUCACGCGUACCCCUUUCUGUAGAAGAAUGACCUUCUCUUGUUACUGCCCCCGGGAGUACUGCUCCCUCCCACUCUCCCUGCAGGAGAGUAGCCGGAUCCAUUGCUUCCGUACGACGCCUCGUCGUCCACAGUUGACCUCUGUCCAGCAUCUUCCAUCGGGACA